ACGCAAAACGUGUUACCAUGGUGACCAACUCUAGUCCAAAACUUUGAGCGUCUUUCUCAUUCUUUCUCAACAAUGUCGCGGAAACAACGCUAAGUGCAAAGAUAGCCAGAUGUCUUCUGAAAAAUCUGAUGACUCUCAAGACGAGGGUGGACAAGGGGAUGGCCGCUCUUUCAGCGGGUCUGACAGGUCUUUCGAUGGAUCCACCGCGUCCAACAAGAGCAGAGACUGCAGCCCAGCAAGGUCUGAAGACUACUACUCAUAUUCAUAUCAUUCCAAUGAUGAAAAGGAAACACCAUACAUGCUUUGCAAAUCACACUUUUCGACGGCAAAGAAACCUCUAAAGAAAACCACAAGUUUUUACAAAGGCCAAAGAAGGCCCACUGGGCAACAUCCCCAUCUGAAGAAGUGCCUCAAAGCUGGCCGAAAAGCCCCCCUCUUCCCCCCAAUCAAGCCCCUGAAUGGCGUGGGCCAGCGAAUCGCGUCGGCCCGCGAGCACCGUAUCAAGGAGCUGAGCAACCAGGUGUGGGAGCUACAGCAGCAGCUGAAUGGCGCCUGGCAGGAGAACCGGCUGCUGCGGCGUGUGCAGAGCCGCCACACGGUGGCGCUACAGCAGUUCCAGGACUCCCAAAGCGGCCUGCCCCAGAUCCUGGCAAAGCAUGGCAACGAGGUGCAGUCCCUGCAGGGGCAGCUGCGCAAGACGCGGGAGCAGAGGAACGCACUGUCGCGCAGGCUGACGCGCAUGGAGACGCUCCUGCAGCAGGCCUCCGAGGAGCUUCAGCGUCUCCAGACACUGUGCAGCCGGCGCCACCUAGGGGAGAGAGAGGAACUCACGCUGCAGCUCAGGAAACUACAGCUGGAGUUGGAGAUCAAGAACAAGAGGAUACUGGACCUGGAGAGGAAUCGGGAGUUAAGUAAUGCCUCCUUCAGUCGCCACUUGACCACGGAGAUGCGUAAGACGGUGGAGGCGCGAGAUCUGUCCAGUUUACUGCAGGAGCAGAUCGAUCACCUCAGCCUGAAGAUCAAGGAGCGGGAGCGGGAGCUGGAGAAUCAAAAUAUCUACGCACACAGAUUCCCAAAGUCAAAGAAAGGCAGUAAAGAGACCAAGUGUAUCCAGACUGAUGGCCUGUCUCCACUGCCUCUGGAGGGACCGGCCUUGAAGCUGGAGCUGGAGUACGCCAGCCAAGAGCAUCUGGACCAGGAACUGGACAGGCAGAGAAGCACCAGGAACAAGGAGCUGUGUGCUACGGAUGGCAGCGAGGCGGAGAGAGAGCCAGCCAGUGCAGCGGAGCAGCUGGAUGAGGACAGGCAGCAGCAGGACUGGCCAGCCGGUGCUGGGGCCACUGUGAACACAGCAGAGAGUGUUGAGGAGCUCCCACAGCAGCAGCAGGCUGCAGAUGAAUAUGACAACGCUGACGAGGAUGUUGCAGAGGAUGAUGAGGAUGGAGCUGAGGAAGACGAGGAGUGCAGCACGUCAGGCAGCGAGCCAGUGAGCCUCAGCCAGGCCGAGCCGUCACGCCUCCACCGCCACCACGACCUCGACCUCGACCGCCACCGCGACCAGCACAGCCUCCUGGAAGACCCCAGCCGAUACGACCCCUCAAACCGUUUCAGCAGCACGAUGGCCCGGCCCCGGCGCCAUUACACCUUCAAAGAGACCAUCCAGAACCUGCACCGCGGCCAGCCGGCCUACGGCAUCCAGCAGAACCUGCACCGCGGCCAGCCUUCCUACGGACCCCAGAAGGGCUCCAGAGCACCCAACGGCAACGGCAACGGAAAUGGCCAGUGUAUUUUAUUGAAUCAUUUUAUGCCUGUGGUCUAACGUUUUUAUUCCAUGAUUUCCAAAUUCUGAGCUAGCUAGCCACUCAGCAUACCUUAACCCAGCCUGAUUAUCAUCGACUUUCAAAUCUCGAUUCGAGACCACGCCGCUAAAGGUGUUGCUUCACUAGGAGGGCGUAGCCUGGCUAUCCUUAAUCAUAACACUUGCAACUUUUGUCUUCUUCCUACUCAACUUAUUUAAUUGUUUUAUCUGUUUAAGCACAUUCAGCUGCCUUGAGAUGU